AUGUUAAGAGGACAAAACAAGAAUGUUAAUCAUGACGUUCUCAGAUAUUUGAGUAAUGUUGCUAAAAUCAAGGAUUUAAAUUGGUCGAAGUUUAUCCUUGAUUCUCUUGUGAAGGCGAAGAUCAAAUGGGAUGAGCUUCCUACUCGCUACUUUCCAGGAUCUUUAUUAUUUCUUAUGCUUUUAUAUGUUGAUCAUUUUGUCAUUGAGGAAGUUAGAGCGAAACGAGAAACUCCUGUUCUCAAAGGCUGGACAACGAAUAUGUUGUCUAGCCGUGAGAAAUUGAAAAUUUUUAAGGGGAGGCUUGGAAUUUUCGAUAAAAAUCUGAAGGUUGUUGGUCCUUCUGGCAGCAAACAACCAAAAAUGGAAACAUCUGUUCCAACUGUUCCACAAACUAAUGAAGAUGUUGAAGUAGAUCCAAAGAAGGUAUUUAUAUGAUUUUUAAUGUAGAUCUAAUAUUAAUUUAUUUUGUUGUUUAAUGACAUCCAUUCUAACUCAAUGUUCUGAAUUCUAUUCUGUGAAGUUUGGUUGGCAAAAUUGGGUUGUGGAGUAUCAGCAACAGUUGAAUAAUGAUGCAAUGUGGCACUCUAUUAUGGCGCAUCAAUGGAGUAGAAAUCAGCAAAAAAUUAAUUGCUCAUUUGACAAAUGAGCAAAUAUUUUACCAUUGAUUUUUUAUUUAUGUUUUUUUAAUUUAGACUUUUG